UUUUCCUUCUUUUCUUCCUCAACCGCGUGUUUCUGCUAUUUUCCUUCUCCCCUGCACCAAACAAACAUCCAGCCAAGCCCGACAACACCCCACUUGGAAAAAACCGAAUUUUCGGAUUUGCUCUGUUCUCCUUGCCCCUGUCCGCGAGCUGCUCUUGCCGGUGAGAGUGCUUUUGGUUUUCUGUUCCUCUCCAAGAUCCCGCCAGCCUUCCCACCGCCAGCUCCAAUUUCUUUGCUUGCUGAAUUUUCUGGUAUGUGACAACUCUUUUAAGUCCAAAUUUCAUCUAAUUGGUGGUUGCCUUGCUGAAUUUGGUCCUUGUUGUGGCUGCUCUGUGUUGUCCGAAUUUUGUUGGAAAUAUGGGGGAAUUUCAGUAGCUUUAAGUGGGUUUUGUUUAGAUUAAGUGGAAAUUAGCUUGAGUAAUUGUUGUGAAAUUGUCUAGAGAAAAUUUCGUGUGUUAGCCACUAGAUUGCCAAAACCGGUUCUUCCAUUUUUGUUGUCUGUGGGAUUAGGGAGCUAUGUGUAUAUAUAUAUAUAUAUAUAUAUUCUGGUUGCAGUGUUAAAUUUUGGAGAAAAAAAUAUAAAUAAUAAAUAUGGCAUUUUGGAGUUUUGCCAACAACAAUAUUGAAAAGGAUAAAUAGGUAGUUUUCAUAUGAUUAUUAAUUCUGGAAUAUUUUGGCUAGGUUCUUGAUUAUUCUAUCACCCUAGCUCUUGGAGUGAGUUUUCUGCUUUAUGCGAUUGAGGUAGUGAGACCCGACGCAUUGGGAGCCCGAGGUAGUGAUGAGCUAGACUACUAGGCAUUUUUGAACUUGGAUUUUUGUAGUUAGGCCGCUAGUCACCCAUGCUUGACAUAGAAAUUUUGUGUACAGAGCUUCCUUAGUUUUAGUCAUGAUUGUAUAUAUGAAAUUAUAAAUUUUGUACAUCUUGACCGGUAAAUAUUUGGUAAAUAAAAAGGUUUAGAUUUGAAUUGUCUGAAUGGCUAAAUGGCUCCAAAACGGCGUGGGCGCCCGAGGGGUAGCCGUAAAGAUCAGGGCACUCCUCCGAUCCCAGUUGCUAGUCCCCCUACCCAAGCUGCUUCGCAGGAGGGAGGGACGAGCAAUCCUCAAUUGACCACCUUUGUUCAGGAACUUAUGGCGGAGAUAAGACGCCAAGCAUCUCCUGCCACAAGUGUGCCACCUCUAUCCCUAGUGGUUUCCACUCCUAUGGCCCCUGCUCCAAUUUCCCUUGUUCCUAUUUCUUCUGCUCUUGCGGUGCCUAGCUGGAAGGUCUAUACAGAAUUCCAAAAGGUGGUGACCAAGAGAUUUGAUGGUACUGCAGGUUUUGAGCAGGUGGGAUCGUGGAUUACCGAGGUGGAGCGGGGAUUCUGCCUACUGCAGGUUUCUAGUGACCUUAAGGAUGGUUUCAAAAAGGUGUUCAUGCAAGAGUACAUACUGGAUAGCAGAAGGCGGGAACUGCAAAGGGAAUUUGCAGAUUUAAAGCAAGGGUCAGGUACUGUUGAGCAGUACAAGGAGGAGUUUGACCGCUAUCUGCCUUUUAUGGGUAGCCAAGUUAGAGAUGAGCAAGCCAAGGCUGACAAAUUUCUAUGGGGCUUGAAUUCCAAUAUUUAUUUGGCAGUAAACCAAUUUAAACCCGCCACUUAUCGAGAGGCAGUGGACAGAGCCAUAGAUCAAGAGAAGGCUAUGGCUAGAGUCAAGUCCUCAGGACAGCACAGUGUUGGGUCAUCCCUGGGGAAGAGAAAAUUCGAUGGGAGCCGUAGGCCCUUUGUCCUUGCACUACCUAAGUCUAAUAGCAACAAGGGUUCUAAAGGGGCAGGAGCUACCAAGAUUGGGGGCCAGGCAUCCACGGCUCAACGUGCUCGCCCUACUCCACCUACUUGCACCGUUUGUGGGAGGGUUGGGCACACCCAUGAUCAGUGCCACUUUGUUACUAGAGCUUGCUUCAAAUGUGGCAAGCAAGGACAUCAGAUUGCAAAUUGUCCGCUGCUAGACCCUAGAGCUCAAAGUACUCAAUCUGCAUCUCAGCAGGGGUCUACCAAUCAGGGGUCUACCAAUCAGGGGGCACCGAAACAAAAUGUCGGGGUUAGGACAAGAGCCCAGCAGGCAAGAGUUCAUGUGAUGACGCAUCAGAAAGCUGCGGCUACCGACGUAAUCACGGGUACUUUGCCUAUCAACUUUGAUUUUGCACAUGUUUUAUUUGAUUCAGGAGGGGUGAUGACUACUAGAGAUGUGUGUAGGACUGUGGAUAUUUAUAUUGAUAGUAGACAGUUGGGUGCUAGCCUAUUUGUUUUAGAUAUUUAUGAUUUUGAUAUCAUUUUGGGGAUGGAUUGGUUGUCAAAACAUUUUGCCUCUAUAGACUGCCAUCAGAAAUGGGGUUUCCUAGUCUCCAUUACUGAUGCUAGUAGUGUGACAUCGAGACUAGAAGACAUGCCUGUGGUGUGUGAGUUUCCGGAUGUAUUUCCGGAGGAUCUCCCAGGUUUACCUCCGGAUAUGGAGGUUGAAUUUGCUAUUGACCUUGUUCCUGGCACCAGACCUAAUUCCAAAGCACCAUACCGUAUGGCUCCUGCAGAAUUGAAGGAGUUAAAGAUUCAACUGGAGGAACUCCUUGAGAAAGGAUUUAUACACCCAAGUAUGUCACCUUGGGGAGCUCUAGUGUUGUUUGUUAAGAAGAAAGAUAGGAGCAUGAGACUAUGCAUUGAUUACCGGGAACUAAAUAAGUUGAAGAUUAAACCUGAUGAUGUGCCAAAAACUGCCUUUCGCACCCGUUAUGGUCAUUAUGAAUUCCUGGUUAUGCCUUUUGGUUUAACAAAUGCCCUUGCCAGAUUUAUGAACUUGAUGAAUCGGGUAUUUAGCCAGUACCUAGACAAGUUUGUGGUUGUCUUUAUUGACAGCAUUUUGGUCUAUUCUUCUAGCCGUGCUCUUCAUGAAAAGCACUUAAGGACAGUCCUCGAGACAUUGAGAAGUGAGAGGCUGUUUGCUAAAUUUAAGAAGUGUGAAUUUUGGCUAGACAAUGUUGCAUUCCUAGGUCACGUUGUGACUAAGGAUGGAAUCUCUGUUGACCCCCAGAAAAUUAAGGCCGUGGUGAAUUGGAAAAGGCCGAAUAGUGUCGCAGAAAUCCGUAGUUUUCUAGGAUUGGCUGGUUAUUACCGCCGAUUUGUGGGGGAUUUCUCUAGAAUUGCUCUGCCAAUGACUCGUCUGAUCAGGAAGGAUGCCAAGUUUGAGUGGACUCCAGAGUGUGAGGAGAGCUUUUUGACCCUAAAGGCGAAGUUGGUCACUACUCUUGGUUAUUGCAUAUGCGUCCUGGCAGUUAAAGCCUUAUGAAGAAAAUUACCCCACCCACGAUCUAGAGUUGGCAGC